UGUUGUUGUGAAACGCUUGUAAUCAAUUGUCAAGAAAGGGGCGAAAAUUGUAAAUAAAAUGGAACUUUCACAGUCGGUUUUAGACGGCUUGUCAGUAGCUGGGGAGAGUGCUCAUAUACCCGAUAAAAGUUUUCAAGUUUUGGUGACGCGAGCAUUUGAUGGAGUACUUGAUGAGAGACACAGAAAUCUCAUUUCGAGUGAUCCUUCAUUCAGAAAUUCAGAUUAAGCUGUCGUCAAGGAAGAUAUGCAGGCAAUGGUAACCUUGGUAACAGAAGCAACAAACAACAUGUAUCUCGAUAAUAAUUCAAUUAGUUCUGUUCUUGAAGAAUGUAAAUACACCAGUGAUAGAAUUGACUUAUUCAACAAAGUUUAUAAUUCAAAGAAACCAUUGAUGCAGAUAUUAUUAAGCAGUGUAGGAACGAGUCCUCCACAUAUUGUAGAUGUUGACUGGAGAUUAGACUACUAUAUAAAAAAUAAUCAUCUAGAACGUGUCAACGAGGCAGUGUAUCUUGUUUCAUUAAAAACAGAGGUGCCAGGUUCAGCAGAACUUAAAGAAGUUCAGUUCUCAUGUACUCAGGAACAGCUACAGGACCUAGUUGGAAAGUUGAAGGAUGCCUGUAAAUGCCUAGAGAAAGCCAGUCAGAUAUGAAGACAAUGCUGCUAGCAUGAAAUACAGGCGGGGACCAACAGAAUAUUGCUUUGAAAGGGAUACAGAUUGACAUGUCUAUCUUUCAAUGCUUAUUAUAUACAUCACAUGUUCUAUACAAACAUUUAUAAGAUAAUGUGUUGUAGUAGUUUAUGCUUUCACCAUGCUAUUGUUACAUUGUAAUGUGACUUUACUUAACCUUUAGCCUGCUGGCAGCAAGUGAUUCUGCCUUUGCGAUCAGUGCAGACCAAGAUCAGCCUGCACAUCUGUGUAGGCUGAUCAUGGUCUGCACUGUUCGCUGUUCAGUCAGUAAAUUUUCAGAGAUCAUACCUUUGAUAAACAAAUGGUAUUGCCCAUUAUGAAAGAUAGACAAAUUCAUUUUAGAAAUUUAGCAGGGUAAAGGUUAAAUAACAUCUCUUUAAAGGUGGUCUUUCACAUUGAGCAUUGUGUAGUUUUCAUAAAGUUUGUUGAAAAUUUAUUUUACAGUAUGGCUUGUCACACAGUCAAAUUCUUGUUAGAACUGAUUUGUAUUAAUGAUUUUUAAGAAGUUUUAGAAGUACCUUGCUUUAAAGAGAACGUUUGUAUAUUGAAGAUUAUUUCUUUCAUUAUAACAAUAUUUCCUGUUUCAUUGAUAGCAAGUAGACAGCAGUAGUAAACUAUACCUUAAAAUUGAAUUUUUUACUGGUCCUAUCUUUAGAAUAAUUUUUGUUUAUUCUAACUUUGUUGACCGCCUUUAAAGACAUGAUUCUACGUCUCAGUUUUAUACCAUUUUAUUUUAUGUGACAUCACUAAGUGUAUUACAGAUGUUAUACCUACAUUAAGAUAGUGGACAUGUAAUAAUUAAGAAAUAACUUAUAGCAAAAGUGUUUUAACACUUAUUUAUGCACGAUAGGCGGUUAUACGUCGGGCGUAAUAAUUUCACGAGGGCGCAGCACGAGUGAAAUUAUUUGUACGACAUAUUAUCGCCAGAGUGUAUAAAUAGUGUUAAAAUACGGUUUUGGUAUAAAUUAUUUCGAUUCUAAUAUGUUCUUAAUCUAAAACAGUAGAUAAAAUAUAGUAGCACUCUUUCUUGGUCACAACAAAAUCAUUGACGUCACCGCACGUUAACGUGACGUCAUUCUAGCCUAAGAGUGUUUUAACAGAGACACGCAUAUUAGAACAAUUGGUAAAUUAUGUAUUCCCCAUGAUGUGAUUUCGGCACUUUCAGGGUUUUACAGAAGCCAUGCUUGCAUUGAGCUACAUUUUCAUCUGAAGAAUUCCGAAUUGCCUAACAUGAAUAUGGUCUCACACGGAAAUUACUUAGUGUCAUUAAACUUUAGUUGGUGCUGUUUGUGCAAAGAUAAGUGCUGAGAUAAGCUGGAAUGAAAAUGCACAAAAUAUUGAGCUCUUGUAAUCAUGCCAUCAUUUUAAACAAUAGGGUAACCAGCUAGGGCUUUGAUAGUUGUGUUUUAGAACUACAGUUCCAGAGCUAGCUGUCUGGUAUAUGCAUCUAACUGCUUUAACUUGGGAAAUGAAUAUGGAUGUAAACAUGAGAAAGUAAAAUUUAAUUUAAAUGUAAUAUCUGGUCAACAUUUAUUUUUAGCUCAGCUAGGAGGGCUAUUGAACUUUCCCUGGCAUAGGUGGCUAUUGACCUUGCCCUGGCAUAGGCGUCUAUGUUUGUUAAAGUUUUUUGUGAAGUACAUUAUCUUCUUCAUUACUUAAGAUAUUCUUCCUGACGGUGGCAAUGUAGUGUGACAAGAUGCAUAAAUCUACCUGCAGUUUUUCAAGAGUUAAUCCCCUUUUAAACUUAGAAAUUUCGGUUAAAGUUUUUCAAAGAGUACAACCAUUGCAGAUACUAAGUCACAUUCAUCGUUCAGGUAAUAACUCAAGGAUACAGCAUCAAGUCCCAUAACUUUUACAUGAAAUUUAACGAAAUUAACCCCAUUCUUGGACUUUAAAAUUUAUUGUUUAAGUUUUUUCAUAAAAAUUGCUUUCUCCAAAGUCAGUGCUGAAUUAUUAAAUUGAAACUUUAUUCAAGUUAUUGAGGUGUAUAAGACAUGGUGAAAGGUGCAUGUCCCAUAGCUCUGGAUUGUAUCUUGGCAAAGGUAUGCCCCUAUUUGGACUUAAAGUUUUGCAUGGAAAUUAUUAUCUCCAAAAUAAUACUUGGUUGAACUUUCUAACAAAUGAUGGUUGAACAAGAUCAAAGCAUCAAGUCCAAUAACUCUUACAUAUAUUUGGACAAUAUACCUAUUCUUAGAAAAAAAAUCAUUUUACUGACAAGACUUAGAAUAGUCGAGCCUGCAUGAGACACUAUUUACUUAUUCAUUUUUAGCUCAACUAUUCGGAGAAUAGAGGUGCUAUUCUACUUGGCCCAGCGUCGGCAUCGGCGUGAACUAUCUUGGUUAAAAGUUUUUCAGGAACCUUUUCUUGGUUACUAUUGCUUAUAUCUUACUGUAACUUCACAUUAACAUUGUUCAGCAUGCAAACAAAGUAUGUGCAGGGGCUGGGCCCAUUAUACACAAGGUCACCAAGUUGUUACACUUUGAAUUAUUUUCAUGUUAAAUUUUUCCGAAAGCUUCGUUUAUAGACAUAUCUUUGGUACUUUAAAAGAUUAUGACUUGAAAUUAAAACUAUUUCUUUAUAAUCAUCAUCUGCAUGUGUGAUUACAAUCCCCAUAACUCUAAUUGUAUUUUUGACAGAAUUAUGCCCCUUUCAUACUUAAAGUUUUUUGGCAAUCUUCGCUUUUUGGAUAUAACUUUAGUACAAUAUGAGAUAAUGACUUGAAACUUAAAAUGUAUCUUUAUCAUCAUCAUCUGCUAUAAUAAUAAAUAAAAUAAAUAAAUAAGAUAAAAAUAAAUAAAAAUAUAAUUUGAGUUUAGCAAAGUCUUUAUACUUUAUGUGCAUGUAGUUUCUUGGACUGUUUUUAGCUCACCUGUCACAUAGUGACAAGGAAAGCUUUUGUGAUCACCCUUCGUCCGUUGUCAGUCCGUGCGUCCGUCCGUCCGUCAACAAUUUCUUGUCUGCACGAUAGUGGUUUCAUUUAUGAUUUUAUUUUAACCAAACUUGCACACAACUUGUAUCACCAAAAGAUCAUGGUUCCUUUCUUGAACUGGCCAGAUUCCAUUAUGGGUUCCAGAGUUAUGGCCCCUGAAAGGGCCAAAAUUAGCUAUUUUGACCUUGUCUGCACAAUAGCAGCUUUAUUCAGAUUUGAUUUUUACCAAACUGGCACACAACUUGUAUCACCAUAAGAUCUUGGUUCCUUUCUUGAACUGGCCAGAUUCCUUUAUGGAUUCCAGAGUUAUGGCCCCUGAAAGGGCUAAAAUUAGCUAUUUUGACCUUGUCUGCACAAUAGCAGCUUCAUUUAUGAUUUGAUUUUAACCAAACUUGCACACAACUUGUAUCACCAUAAGAUCUUGGUUCCUUUCUUGAACUGGCCAGAUUCCAUCAUGGGUUCCAGAGUGAUGGCUCCUGAAAGGGCCAGAAUUAGCUAUUUUGACCUUGUCUGCACAAUAGCAGCUUCAUUUAUGAUUUGAAUUUAAUCAAACUUGCACAAAACUUGUGUCACCAUAAGAUGUCAGUUCUUUUCUUGAAUCUGCUAGAUCCCAUAAUGGGUUCCAGAGUUAUGGCCCCUGAAAGGGCCAAAAUGAGCUAUUUGACCUUGUCUGCACAAUAGCAGCUUCAUUUAUGAUUUGAUUUUAACCAAAGUUGCACACAACUUGUAUCACCACAAGAUCUUUCUUCCUUUCUUCAGCUGGCCAGAUUCCAUCAUGGGUUCUAGAGUUACGGCCCCUUAAAGGUCCAAAAUUGGCUAUUUUGGCUUUUGCAGCCAUAUAGAGACUUCAUUUAUGGUUUUAUUUGAUACAAACUUCCAAAAUAUCUUCAUCAACAAUAAAUCUUGGAUUCCAUGACAAAUCAGAUCCAAUGGUAGGUUCCAGAGUUAUUUUAUAUCUGAUUACCUCCCCUGAUUGUAAUCAAAAUGGAUUUAUAUCAGUAAGUACUUAUAGGACUUAUUUGAAAUUUUGUAAUUGUUAUUAGUUGGACUGAGACAAUCAGGGUAGAUAACUAUGGACUGAUUUUAUAUCAAAUUACCUCCCUUUAUUUCAAAUUAAAAUUGGUAUAUCUCCAUAACUAAUGAAGAUACUGAUCUGAAAUUCAUUUAUGUCAACAGAUGUAUUUGGCAGAUCCUUCUUUUGUUCACUUACAAUAUUUUUUUUAAUUACUUCCCUUUUACGUUACUAUAAAUAGCUUAUUUUUAGUAACUUUUUAGCUCACCUGUCACAAAGUGACAAGGUGAGCUUUUGUGAUCGCGCGGUGUCCGUCGUCCGUCCGUCCGUGCGUGCGUCCGUAAACUUUUGCUUGUGACCACACUAGAGGUCACAUUUUUCAUUAAAUCUUUAUGAAAGUUGGUCAGAAUGUUCAUCUUGAUGAUAUCUAGGUCAAGUUCGAAACUGGGUCACGUGCCUUCAAAAACUAGGUCAGUAGGUCUAAAAAUAGAAAAACCUUGUGACCUCUCUAGAGGCCAUAUAUUUCACAAGAUCUUCAUGAAAAUUGGUCAGAAUGUUCACCUUGAUGAUAUCUAGGUCAGGUUCGAAAUUGGGUCACGUGCCAUCAAAAACUAGGUCAGUAGGGCUAAAAAUAGAAAAACCUUGUGACCUCUCUAGAGGCCAUAUACUUCACAAGAUCUUCAUGAAAAUUGGUCAGAACGUUCACCUUGAUAAUAUCUAGGUCAGGUUCGAAACUGGGUCACGUGGCAUCAAAAACUAGGUCAGUAGGUCAAAUAAUAGAAAAACCUUGUGACCUCUCUAAAGGCCAUAUUUUUCAUGGGAUCUGUAUGAAAGUUGGUCAGAAUGUUCAUCUUGAUGAUAUCUAGGUCAACUUCGAAACUGGGUCACGUGCCGUCGAAAACUAGGUCAGUAGGUCUAAAAAUAGAAAAACCUUGUGACCUCUCUAGAGGCCAUAUAUUUCACAAGAUCUUCAUGAAAAUUAGUCAGAACGUUCACCUUGAUGAUAUCUAGGUCAAGUUCGAAACUGGGUCCAUGCAGUCAAAAACUAGGUCAGUAGGUCUAAAAAUAGAAAAACCUUGUGACCUCUCUAGAGGCCAUAUAUUUCAUGAGAUCUUCAUGAAAAUUGGUCAGAAUGUUCACCUUGAUGAUAUCUAGGUCAAGAUCGAAAGUGGGUCACGUGUCUUAAAAAACUAGGUCAGUAGGUCUAAAAAUAGAAAAACCUUGUGACCUCUCUAGAGGCCAUAUUUUUCAUGGGAUCUGUAUGAAAGUUGGUCUGAAUGUUCAUCUUGAUGAUAUCUAGGUCAAGUUCGAAAGUGGAUCACUUGCCAUCAAAAACUAGGUCAGUAGGUCAAAUAAUAGAAAAACCUUGUGACCUCCCUAAAGGCCAUAUUUUUCAUGGGAUCUGUAUGAAAAUUGGUCUGAAUGUUCAUCUUGAUGAUAUCUAGAUCAAGUUCGAAACAGGGUCAUGUGCGAAGAAAAACUAGGUCAGCAGGUCUAAAAAUAGAAAAACCUUGUGACCUCUCUAGAGGCCAUACUUGUGAAUGGAUUUCCAUUAAAAUUGGUCAGAAUGUUCAUCUUGAUGAUAUCUAGGUCAAGUUUGAAACUGGGUCACGUGCCUUAAAAAACUAGGUCAGUAGGUCAAAUAAUAAAAAACCUUGUGACCUCUCUAGAGGCCAUACUUUUCAUGGGAUCUGUAUGAAAGUUGGUCUGAAUGUUCAUCUUGAUGAUAUCUAGGUCAGGUUUGAAACUGGGUCAACUGCGGUCAAAAACUAGGUCAGAAGGUCUAAAAUUAUUAAAAUCUUUUGACCUCUCUAGAGGCCAUAUUUUUCAAUGGAUCUUCAUGAAAAUUGAUCUGAAUGUUCACCUUGAUGAUAUCUAGGUCAGUUUCGAAACUGGGUCACAUGCGGUCAAAAACUAGGCCAGUAGGUAUAAAAAUAGAAAAACCUUGUGACCUCUCUAGAGGCCAUAUUUUUCAUGAGAUCUUCAUGAAAAUUAGUGAGAAUGUUCACCUUGAUGAUAUCUAGGUAAAGUUCAAAACAGGGUCACGUACCUUCGAAAACUAGGUCAAUAGGUCAAAUAACAGAAAAACCUUGUGACCUCUCUAGAGACCAUAUUUUUCAGUGGAUCUUUAUGAAAAUUGGUCAGAAUUUUUAUCUUGAUAAUAUCUAGGUCAAGUUCAAAACUGGGUCACAUGAGCUCAAAAACUAGGUCACUAUGUCAAAUAAUGACGUCAUACUCAAAACUGGGUCAUGUGGGAAGAGGUGAGCGAUUCAGGACCAUCAUGGUCCUCUUGUUUAUUAUUGGCCGUAGGGAAAAACCGAGACCACUUUUCUGGGUACAACAUGGAUGGUACCUCCGAUUUUUAGGUGUAUUUUGACAUAUCUAUACCUUGUAAGAAUUUUUUUCUUUUUGGUUAAAUUUCUUCACUUUGUUGUUCCUGUCCUUUGGACUUAGAUAUUUUUUUCUGAGGACCUUCUUGUCCUCAAGUGCAAUGAUAACAGGUGAGCGAUAUAGGGCCAUCAUGGCCCUCUUGUUUUCUGAUAUAUAAUAAUUUAAUUCCAUCAAAAUAAAGAAUGUCAGUACCCCUUCCAUACUUGACCUUUAACCCCUCUGAGUAGUAGGGUCUUUUUAUAUCUUGGUGUAUCUUCCUUUUAAAGUAGAGGUCUCUUAUUGAGACAUAAAUUCAUUUUACUGUCAAAUCGCUGAAUAGUGGAGUGCGCUGUCUUACAGACAGCUCUUGUUUUAUAACAAAUAUCUUGUAGGUUUAAAAAGCUCAGUUUAAUACCACAGACUGAUUUCUUUUCCUCUUCAGACUUGAGA